GCUCGACCCGAGUCAGACGAUCCGACCCGCGCGCGCGGCACAGCCGAGUGCCCACCGACCAUCCUCCCAUCCUCCCAUCCUCCAAUCCUGACAUCCUCCCAUGCUUCCCCAGGUCCCGAAAAUGCGGCCGUCGCUUGUGCGGCACGUUCCGAGCGCCCUACGCACGUCGCGGCGAGCAGCAUCGCGCGCGCCGGCGGCAGCAAUUCGGUUUCAACAACCAUGGCUUCAGUUCUUCCCAUCGCGAGCGCUUAGCACCACCUCGCCCGCCCGUCACGACCCCCACCUUUCCUCCGCCUCCUCCUUCUCCUCCGCCGCCUCCUCCUCCUCCGUUAACGAGACCGAAAUCUCCCACUUCUCCGCCCUCGCCUCCUCCUGGUGGGACCCCCACGGCCCGUCUCGGCCGCUCCACCUCAUGAACCCUCUGCGGCACGAAUUCAUCCAGUCGUGCCUCGCCUCCUCGUCGUCGCCAUCGACCUCCUCCUCUACACAGACGUCAGACGACGGCAGCAGCAGCAGCAGCAGCAGCAGCAGCAAUCGCGACCGCGGCGCCAGCGGCCUCCGCUACCUCGACGUCGGCUGCGGCGGCGGCAUCUUCGCCGAGUCGGCGGCCCGGCUGCCGAGCACCGCCUCCGUGACGGCCAUCGACCCGUCCCCGACCAUCCUGGCGGUGGCGCGGGCGCACGCCAAGCGGGACCCGGCGCUGGCGGGCGGCGGCGGCGGCGGCAAGCUGACGUACCUGAGCGAGACGGUCGAGUCGCUGGCGCUGCCGGCGGACCCGGCGGCGCGGUUCGACGUGGUCAGCGUGUUCGAGGUGGUCGAGCACGUCGACUACCCGGCCGCCUUCCUCGACCGCGUCGGCGAAUUCGUCCGCCCCGGCGGCUGGCUCGUCCUCAGCACCAUCGCGCGCACCUGGACCAGCUGGCUGACCACCAACCUCGUCGCCGAGGACAUCCUGCGCGUCGUGCCCCGCGGCACCCACGACUGGCACAAGUACAUCAACGAGGACGAGCUGCGCGCCUACUUUGCCGCCAAGGCCGGCGUCUGGGGGGUGCCGCGGGUCAUGGGGGUCGUCUACGUGCCCGGGCUGGGUUGGAAGGAGGUCAAGGGGAGCGAGAAGAUUGGGAAUUACUUUUUUGGGGUGCAGAAGGUCGGAUAGAUGGGAGGCACAGUGAAGAAAAAAACACAGAAUGAAGAAAGGGGGGAGGGGGGAUUGUACGAUAUUGCUAUAUUAUAUGAAACAACGAAGAGAAGGAGGGGCUGUGAGAUACCGGGAGUGUAUGUGUACAUGUAAGAAGUUACACCGGCCUGUAAUCUGGCAAAUUCCCCUUGG